AUGCUGUGCUGUGUUUUGAAUUUGUCCUUGGAACAUAGUGGCCAAGCAGAAAAUCUGCCUUCCCUCUUCCCACUUGCACAAUCCAGCCAGUUGUCAUGUACCAUAACUGUAGAAGGGUCUUGGUGCUAUAACUGUUGCCAUCCUGAGUUAGUGACAGGCUCCUCCCCCACUGUAAGCUAUUUAUCCUCCCUGGUCUCCAUUCUCUGCAGCUGUUUCCACAACUAUCCAGAUGGGAUGUUGCUUACCGGAGCAGAACAGCAAAUAAAUGUAAGCGAAAACUUGUUUCAUUGUAAACAGCAAGAGAUUAUUGGAAAAUAUCUCAUCAGCCAAGUUCUCAAUAUGUCAAGGCAGUUGCUAAAUGAAGGGCAUGAGGAUCCAGCAGAAUAUCACACAGGAGGUUACCAUCCAGUGAAGUUAGGGGAUGUUUUUAAUGGAAGGUAUCAAGUGAUGAGAAAACUGGGCUGGGGCUAUUACUCAACAGUGUGGCUUUGUCAGGAUCUGCUAAAAAAUAAAUUUGUGGCAGUAAAGGUGGCGAAGAGUGCAAGGGGGUUUUCAGAGGCAGCGCAGGAUGAGAUCAGGCUUCUGAAAUGUGUGAGAUGGAAAUGUUCAAAGGACCCAGGAAAAGACCGAAUAGUCCAGCUACUGGAUGAUUUUAUUAUAGUUGGUUCAAAUGGUGUUCAUGUGUGCCUGGUUCUCGAGCUGCUUGGGGACCACCUUCAUCGAUGGAUUCUCAAGUCAAAGCUGCAGGGGCUGCCCAUGACAUGUGUCAAAAAGAUUAUCCAACAGGUCAGAUUGACGGUCUGCUCCAGGGAGAGAGAGACUUGCUCUAAGCCUGAUUUUGGUCCAGAAAUAGGCAAUGUCAAUUGA